AUCCGUCCAUACCUUCUAUUAAAUGUCUUUUCUCCUUGAUCGGAUGGCCCAAAUUUCACCACGUCCUCUCUAGCCGCUCCUCUAUAAAUAUCCCCUCAUGUCCUUCGCACUGUCAAUCUCUCGCACUCUUUGAUUUCCAAAGAAAAAAAAAAAAAAAGGAACUUUCUCACUGGUGCAAAAUGGCAUACGUCCCAGCGAAUUCCAGCAACAACUGGAUCCUCUCUCUGAAGCUUGUUUUGAUCUCGACCGGUGUGUUAUCCCUGGCUGUGAUGUUGAAGCUCUCGCUUCCAAUGGUAUCUGAUUUCAUUGCCUAUGAAAUCCCUUCCAUCUGGAGCUUCUUGCUGUCGUGGUUGAGGCCUCCGUACCUCUACAUCGUAAUUAACUUCAUCAUUAUCAGCAUCGUUGCCUCCUCCAAGAUGCAACAGAAAACGGAUUAUCCGGAGCCUGAGAUGCCGGUGGUUCAACCGCCGCAGGAGAAGGUCUCCAGGGACGUGCAGGAGGACUCUGUUGUCUACGGAGACGGCGUCAUUUUCGGGGGAUCAGAUUACGACAUGGCAAAGGUUUCGGUGUCUGAUGUGCAGGUGGUGGAUUCGGAGGGAGCGUGCGAAGGAGUGGAGAAGAAGGCCGUGAGCGACGUGAUGUUGAUGAACGCUAGUGAGGAGGCCGUGUUAACGAGGUCAGCGUGGACUGGGAGUCUGCAGAGGAAAGAUUCAUUGGAGGUCUUUAUUUCGAAUAACGAGAAUGAGAAACCACCGGUUUCUGUGAGAUUCGCUCAUCGAAGACCUUUGAAAGCCAGCCCUGAAGCCGGGAAGGCCUUGAGAGUGUCGAAGCCAAAGCGGCAGGAGACGCUGGAGAACACGUGGAAGACGAUAACCGAGGGCCGUUCAAUGCCGUUAACAAGGCACCUGAAGAAGUCCGACACGUGGGAAUCGCACAUGCGGCACAACCAGCCGACGGACGAGAACACCCCUCCCAGGGUGAAGAAAUCCGAGACAUUCAGCGACCGCAGCGCCAACUCGUCGCUGAGUCCGUCGCCUGUCUCGGGGCGACUGAGGAAGGAACCGUCACUGGGUCAGGACGAGUUGAACCGGCGAGUGGAGGCGUUCAUCAAGAAGUUUAACGAGGAAAUGAGGUUACAGAGACAGGAAUCCUUGAAUCAGUACCAUGAGAUGAUCCGCCGUGGCGCCCACUAGAAACUUCGAGAGGCCAGUUUGUUGUUUUUUUUCCUGGGCAAUUCGGUAGAAGGUGUGUUUGCCCGCAUUAUCUCUCCUUUGGGGUGUAGUAUGUGAUGAUAAUUUGGAGUAAGAGGUCUGUAAAGGUGGAAAUUUUUAGAAAUUCUUAUCGUCCCAAAUUUUCUUUGGGUGGAAAAAUUAAAGGGCUUUGGAAUGGCAAGAAACCAGUGAGGGUUUAUUUUUGAAGUUGGUCGGUUGCAUUUGUUGGAAUUGGCUAACGGUGGUUUAGCCUUGAUAAAUGACUUGUGAUGUAAUGAAUCUGAGCAUCUCGUCGUCAAUACCAAGAAUGAUUACAAGACGACAAUAUUUUUGAGUUGUGUAAUAAGAAAGGAACAACCACUUGUGAGUAA